UCGUAACACUGGCCAUUCAUCCUUCAUUCAUUAGUUUAUCACAUGGUGUUUGUCAGACAAAAAUGCCCCAAUUGUCCAGCUGCUCUGAGGAUUUCGCUGACAUGCUACUCUGAUAGUGGAGUUUCUUGUGCAGAACAAGCUGUGCCUUUUGGGAGACGGCUGAGCGGAGACGCAGGACAACAGACGCUCCUUCUUACUUCGCAGCUCACAGUGGAAGGUGUGUGAUCAUGUUCUAGGAGGAAUACAGCGCCCUCCUGUGGCACAUGAGGACAUGGUGAUCUUAAUCUGCCAGGCUGUGGUCACAUAUGUGCCCCUUCUGUGGUUUGUGAGGGUGACUGAAGGGAUGCCUGACCCCACUCAGAGGGACAUGCUGAUGCGUGAGGAGGCGUCCAGACAGACAGGCGGCCGAGUGAUUCUGACAGCCGCUGAGCAGAAGCUUGACGCUUACCUCCAUCGGUUAAAGGAGCAAGAGAUGUCUGCUGCCCAGUUCCCUCCUGCUAUCCACUUCUUCAAAGCGAAGCCUCUCAUCCAAAAGAGCUCAAUCUUCAAACUGCUGCAGAAGAUGCCUAAAGGCGGAGCUCUGCACAUCCACAGCUCAUCUCUGGUCAGUGUUGAAUGGCUGGUGAAAAACGUCACCUACAGGCCACACUGCUACAUCUGCUUCACGUGGGACAACUCGGUCCGCUUCCUGUUCUCCGACCGCCAGCCCUUCCCGCGUUGGGACUGCUUCUACUGGCAGCUGCUUGAGACUUUAAGAGCCAAAAUUGGAGACCCUACAGGCUUUGAUAACAGUUUAAUGCAGCACCUCACACUGUUCACUGAGGAUCCAGAUGGUCAGUACCCAAACCAAGACGUUGUGUGGGAGAAGUUUGAGGAAGCCUUCAUCACAGCUGCUGGGUUAGUCACCCAUGCUCCUGUGCUGAAGGACUACUUCUAUAAAGGCCUGGAGGAACUUCACCAUGACAACAUCAUCUACCUGGAACUCAGGAGCGGUCUCUCGAGGACAUACGAGCUCGAUGGAACCAUUCAUGACAAGGUCUGGACUCUGAAAACAUUUCAAGAAGUUACAAAGAAGUUUGUAGCAGAUCAUCCGGACUUUCUCGGGGCUCGUGUCAUAAUAUCUGUCCCCAGGGCUCUGAGUGUAUCUGAGGUCAAAGCAGCCGUGAAAGAGGCCAUUCAGCUACAAAAAGAUUUCCCGGAUGUUGUUGCAGGAUUUGACAUGGUUGGCAGGGAGGACAGCGGGAGAACUCUUUGGUACUUCAGAGAGGCACUUUCUCUGCCAGCUGAACUGGGUGUCACACUGCCGUACUUCUUUCACGCAGGAGAGACAGAUGAUGAAGGCACUGACAUAGAUCAAAACAUUCUUGAUGCCCUUUUGUUCAACACCACACGCAUCGGGCACGGAUAUGCUUUGGCACACCACCCACUUGCUAAAGAGCUUUCCAGAAAAAGAAACGUGGCUGUGGAGCUGUGCCCCAUCUCAAACCAGGUGCUGAAGCUGGUAUCGGACCUUAGGAACCAUCCUGCAACUGUGCUGAUGUCUGAGGGUCACCCGAUGGUGAUCAGCUCUGAUGACCCGUCUCUGUUCGGUACCACAGGCCUCUCCUAUGACUUCUAUCAAGCCUUUGUGGGCAUCGGAGGGUUGAAAGCAAACCUUGGCACUCUGAAAGAGCUGGCUGUCAACUCUAUCAGGUACAGCUCCCUGCCAGCUCAUCUGAAGGACAUGGGCCACGCCAUGUGGAAAAACAAAUGGGACGCCUUCAUUUUGGAUAAUUCAUGACAGCUAAAAGCACAAAGGAUCCUGUUUGACUUGAACAAUGUUUAUAGUAGCGCUAAACUAAAGCAGACACCUGGAGACCAUCAGUAGCCUUUAUGGAAAUUAUUCAAAUUCAAUCUAAGUGUCUGUAAAUAUCGGCUGAAAUGAAGUUAUCAUAACCUGAGGUCCUUUGAAGAUACACUGGAGGGAUUUAUGAACUGAAGGCUGCUGCACCAAGUUUGUAUUUGUUUUUCUGUUUGUGAAGCUUGACAAAAAGUAAUCAGUGAAUUAAACAACAACCACCAAAUUGAUUCUAAAUUGUAACAGGUAGCCAAUGAAGUCGUGAAACCAGUGAAGGCAUGAUAAACCUCUCAGGAAUUUCUGAACUGAAUGUUUCUUCCCUGAAACACCCACAGAAGAGCUGUCUGCUGAUGAGAACGACAAUUCACAGGAGAGUUUAUUUUAGUACCACAGGAUUCAUCAAAGUUGUUCACAACCAAUCUUUUGUUGUCAUAAAAAAGAACAUAAAAACUGUAAAACACAUGUUUACAUCGACAUGGCUGCCUUAAAAAAUAAACACAUUAGUUCAUAUUUUAUGUCACAAAGUUACAUUUGUCAAAAAUGUAAUGCAAAACCAAGCAUUACAUAAAAAUGUCUCUUUUUCUCAGUGAUCCGGUUCACAAUUUUACUCAUGCACCGUCUGUAAACUGUAAACCCCAAACACAAGCAGCCAUUUUAAAUCUUUCUCUUUUUUUGUGCAAUAAAGUCUCAUUUAUGAUCUCGUC